CCAGCAGGUAAGUGAAAGAGAAAGUGUGCCCUUGGCUGAGAGGAAGAGAGAUCUGUUCGUGUUCGUCGACAAUAUGAGAGAAGCAUUUGUUUUUCUGUGAAUCUUAUAACUGAAGACAGCAGCGUAGAAGUGGACUAAUAAACAGCAAAUAGGAAUAAAAAAUGAGUUUUUUCUGGGAAAAUGGUCUACAGAUAUUCUACAAAAGGUCUAUUCCCCCUCCAGCAGCAAAGUACCACGGUUUGAUAAACCAAGGAGCAACAUGUUACCUGAACAGUGUGCUGCAGGUGCUGUUCAUGACCAAAGACUUCAGAGAAGCUGUGGAAAGGCACACCAAUGAAACUCCUGGCCCUAUUGAUCAUCAUCUUAAACAAUUGUUUAAAGACUUAAUAGGACAUAAAGCAUACACCAAUAAUAUCACAAAGACACUGGGCAUCGACAGAGUGUAUGAACAGCGUGAUGCUGCUGAGUACAUUGAGAAGAUUUUAAGACUGACCAGUCCUGAGGCGUCGCAGAUCUUCCACGGACUGCUGACAUACAAGAACAUUUGUUCUCAAUGUCAUACAGAGAACGACAACGAUGAGAGAUUUUGGCAUCUUCCUCUUGCAUUAAUGGAUUCCUGCGGUAAAGAAGACUACAGUGUGGUGAAUGGCAUUGAGGCGUAUUUCAGACCUUCUGUUUUCAGCGGAGAAAACCAGAUGUACUGUGAAGAGUGUGACGCCAAAUCUGAUGCUACUAAUAAAUGUGUCAUAAAGCAUCAUCCAGAGGUUUUGAUACUGCUGUUGAAGAGGUUUGAGUUUGACUACAGUCACAUGACUUAUGUCAAAAUCUACUGCACUGUGGAUGUUCCCCACACUCUACAGAUACCAGAGAAUCAGACGUAUGAACUGUAUGCAGUUGUGGAUCAUUUAGGAGAUCUUAGAAGUGGACAUUACACGGCAACAAUCAAGGAUGAUGAGAGCUGGUAUCGAUUCAAUGAUGACAAGGUCACUUUGCUUGAUUACCAGCCGUGCCAGGUGGAUAACUCUGAGAAAUUCAGGGAUGCUUAUCUUCUCUUCUACAGGAAAACUAAUGUGCAUGCUGCAGAUACUGAAGACAUCGGGGAGGUGUCCACUCCUGGAGGCUUCCCGCCUGCUACCAGUGAUAUCAAUGAGCAACGCCAAGAAGCUGGAAAGAUUAGAGAGAGAGAGGAGGUUGAGGGGGCAAGUGUCGAGGAUCAGGAAAAUGAAGGAUUUGUCGAUGUUAGACAGGACAUUAGUGAAGAUCUGCGGGGUACACAGAGAACCAAGAGCACAAAUAAAAAACAUGAGCAACAGGGAAAGGAGAAGAUGGAUGUUAAGAGAGACAAGGAACAAAAUAGAGGAGAUGAUAACGGUCAGGAUGUAGAGGAUCAGAACAAUGAAGGAUUAGACGAGAUUAGACAGAACCAGUCAGAACAGAAAAUCACUGAUACACAUUCAGGACAUAAAGAUGUUUGUGUGGAGAAACAAGCCAAAGAGCAGGACGAUGAACACAUUCAAAACAGAGCAGACUCUUCUGUUAGACAAGCAGGAUCGUCAGGAAGCAGAAGCCUGAAAGAGAAUCAGGAAGUUAGUAGUGUUGAAAAGACGAGACAUGGUGAUCCUCAACCAAGAGGAGUGGGGCGAUCACCUGAGCCCUCCUUUAAUGUAGAGGAUCAGGACAAACAAGUUUAUGCCAGGAACAGCAAACCAAUCAACCAUCUGGAGUGUAAUGAGGAAAGAAAUGACUUGUGUUAUCUUCAAGAUGCUCAGGCUGUAAAACAGAGAGAUGAGGGGAAAAUAAUGGCGGAUGAUGAGGAGGACAUGGGAGGAAAUGCAGAGGCAGGAAAGAGAGGACCCUUAUCUAGAGAAACUCAACUUGAAGAAAGUGUCGAGGAUCGAGACACUGACAGUGGAAGACCAGAUGAUGUUAGACAGAGGAGACCAGAUAUUAAUCAUGAUUACAAGGAUGGAAAGACUGGAAAUGAUGAACAGUCAGAGAAGAAGAGAAGCACAAAUAAAAAACAUGAGCAACAGGGAAAGGAGAAGAUGGAUGUUAAGAGAGACAAGGAACAAAAUAGAGGAGAUGAUAACGGUCAGGAUGUAGAGGAUCAGAACAAUGAAGGAUUAGACGAGAUUAGACAGAACCAGUCAGAACAGAAAAUCACUGAUACACAUUCAGGACAUAAAGAUGUUUGUGUGGAGAAACAAGCCAAAGAGCAGGACGAUGAACACAUUCAAAACAGAGCAGACUCUUCUGUUAGACAAGCAGGAUCGUCAGGAAGCAGAAGCCUGACAGAGAAUCAGGAAGUUAGUAGUGUUGAAAAGACGAGACAUGGUGAUCCUCAACCAAGAGGAGUGGGGCGAUCACCUGAGCCCUCCUUUAAUGUAGAGGAUCAGAACAAACAAGUUUAUGCCAGGAACAGCAAACCAAUCAACCAUCUGGGGAAAAUAAUGACGGAUUUAAAUCCAAGAACUGGAUUUAAUGAAAAUACAAUCAAAGGAAGACGUAAUCCAGAGCAGUCAAGACCAGGAGGAAAUGUUAAAAGAAAAUCAGAUCCAAAAAUAAAUGCAGAGGUCACUUUGUCAGAAAGUGUUUGUAAUAUGAAACGUAGUGAGGAAACUUCACAAGAGCCACAGAAACAUCAAACCAAAAGUUUCACUGGAAACACACAAGAGGAGAUUGAGACACACAGUACUGUUGAUCCAAACGCCAGAACAAAGCGAAAAGUCUCCGACACACAAGAGCAGGAUGCUGAAAUAAAACAUGAAAAGAAAAAAAGAAAAUGGUGGCAUUUGCCUGCCUUAAAGAAGAAACAGAGAAAGGAAAAAAACAAACACAAAAAACCUGUUGGGUGUUUUUCUUUUUCUUGUAAAAGCAAGAACAAUGCAGACCCGACUUCAGAGUCGGAUUAAGACAAAAUACAGACUUUCUCCAGAUUAAAUAAGAAUGUUAUUUUACAAAGCUGCUUUUUAUUGUGGUGAUCCUCAAGAUUGUACUUUAAUUAAUUUUUAAUGGAUGCUUAAUGAUACCUAGCAACAUUCAACUGUACUUGCCAGAAAUCUGUUCUGCAGUUUAUGUCCAGUCUAUUUAACAAAUCAAGGAGAUUUGAGUGAGGGUGAUGAGAGUGGGGGUUGUUUUAGAUUCAAGUCUUGAUUUAUUGCAUCAGUCUGUAAAAGAAAGUAAGACAAUCAAAAUUUAAUUGAUUGAAAUCAUUAUUCAGAGACUGAAUGAUCAUUCAUUUUUUUUUUCUUUUGUUGCUUCUUAUUUUCUUGGAAUUUACAAUAAAGUGUGUAAAUUUAUUUAAUUUAAUUUAAAGUUUUUAUUAAUUGUUGAAAGAUUUGUAAAAAAAGAUGGCAUCAAUGUAACAUCUAAUAUUAAUUUAGACAAGAAAUUGUGCAAGGAAAUAAUUCAAUUUAAAUUAAUGUUGCUUAUUUAUGUUUAUCACUUUGAAACAAAAUAUUGUUUUGUCAUGUAACUUUAUGACAUUUGCACAAUUCUGAUGGUGACUUAAAAUAUAUAUAAAUAAAUACAAAAAAAUUACAUAAA